ACAGGAGGAAUAUGGCAUUCCAUUUCAUGCCUUUUUGUUACUGAACUUCUUCGGUUACCUUUUGCUUGCUAUAGCUUUCAGUUAUUUGCAGGAGAUUAUUUCUCUAUUAUUAUUAUUAUUUUGCAAAGGAUGUAUGCGAUUUAUAAACAAACACACCCUCCGACAGGAAUCGAACACUGCGAGUACUUUCAAUUCUUUUUCACCAGCUGAAAAACAAUCGUGUUGUGGCAGGAACAUCACAGCUUCGUAUCAGCGAGUUUUAUACCCAAGGCGAGUGGUUAAAGGUCUUCUCAGGCUGUCUAGUUGGUACCCAGAAAAGGAUAUAUUGUUUAGGAGGUCAAAUCAAAAUACGUAUAUCAAAUUUCAAAACAAAAUGAUUUGAGGUAAACAAACAACAUGGCGGCUGAGGGGCUGGCAAAGGGAAUUGACUAUCGUUGCAUAAUUCAACAGGAAUCAGCAUCAUCAGACAAGACAGGAGAUGGUACUACAAAGAGAAGGAAGUUGGAGCUUGUCAGUCAGUAUUCUUUGUUUGGCAACAUAGAAUGUCUUAAAGCUGUUAGGUCAGCUGGAAAUUCAAGGGACUCACUGCUAUUGAGCUUUAAGGGUGCCAAGAGUUGUAAUCAAGAGUAUUUUUGGCCUCCUUUGGUGUGUGGAUCCUGAUUGACACUGUGCAGUGAUGCUUAUCUAUGGCACACAUAUUGUGGUUUUACUGUUUAGACAAGAAGGAGCAUUAGAGGAACAUGAGCAGGAAGGAACUUUUACAGCAAGAGGUCCAAGAGGGCGUGGUGAUCACCCUGGAUGGUGCUCAGACU